CCUCCAAAAAUGUAUUCGAAAAACAAAGGAAUUAUUCAAUUAUUUGUAUAUUCCCUUUUAACUACCAGUCUUUUUAUUUUUUUGUGUAAACCAUACCUUGUGGAUGCAGGGAAUUGCUUCAGAAAAACUAAAAAGAGAUCUGGCUCUAACGGUACAACGCCCAGACCAAAUUAUGUUCAAUAUCAGAAUAUUCAGCAUGAGCAAAAAUACACAGAUAAUGGAAAUAAUAGUCCCCAACAUUAUCACGUAACCUCUAAUACACGGACAUACUAUCCAAACACAUCAAUGAGUUAUGGUGAAAUUAGUGAUCAAUGGGGCUCGAUCAGCGAUUCUGAUGGAACUAGUGAUACUGAAUCAGGUAAUAAAAUAGUGUUAGAUAGAAUUUCCAGCUGCUUGUUAAGCUGCUUGUCGAUUUUUUUAACUUCAUUUCCGACUGACAUGUAUUUACAUGUUUGA